UUGAGAAUCCCCACCAACCUUGUCAUAUAGCUCCACCUCCAUAAAUACGAACCGUAAACCCUCAAAACUACAUGCCAAGAAGCAUAAUCUCACAAAUUUCUUAAUUUUAAUUUUCUUAUUUCAAAGAUGAAACCAUCAUAUUUCAUUUUAACCGUUCUCGCACUUCUCCUAUUACCAACGGCCAUUCCUCACGAUUACUCCGAAGCUCUGAGAAAGUCGAUCCUCUUCUUCGAGGGUCAACGCUCCGGUCGUCUUCCCAAACAACAAAGGAUGACCUGGCGUGGUGACUCUGCACUCAACGACGGCAAAAACCUCAACACCGACCUCGUUGGUGGUUACUACGACGCCGGAGACAACAUUAAGUUUCAUUUUCCAAUGGCUUUUACGGCCACAAUGCUUGCUUGGAGCUCCAUCGACUUCCAAAGUUACAUGUCUCAGAAUGAUUUGGGACACAAUCUCAUAGCUCUCAAGUGGGCAACUGAUUAUCUCCUUAAGACUGUCUCACAACUCCCUAAUCGCAUUUUCGUCCAAGUAGGUGAAGCACAAGCUGACCAUGACUGUUGGGAAAGGCCUGAAGAUAUGGAUACGCCACGAACUGCUUUCGCCUUAGAUGCGCCAGACCCAGCCUCCGACUUAGCGGGUGAAAUCGCUGCAGCUCUGGCAGCCGCUUCAAUCGCAUUCAAACAAUCAAGACCUAAAUAUUCUGUAGUGUUGCUGGAUAAAGCCAUUAAAACAUUUCAGUACGCAGAUUCGCACAGAGGUUGUUACACUGAUAAUCCAAAUGUAAACAAAGCCGUUUGCCCUUUCUACUGCAGUGUUAAUGGAUAUAAGGAUGAGUUGCUCUGGGGAGCUGCAUGGCUGAGAAGAGCGACUGGUGAUGAUUAUUACCUAGAGUAUUUGGUGAACAAUCGUCAAGCAUUCGGUCAAGAUUUCAAUUAUUUGGAGUUUGGCUGGGACAACAAAUAUGGGGGAGUUAAUGUUCUCAUUGCCAAGGAAAUAUUUGAAAAGGAUGCGAUUGCGUUAACAGCAUAUAAAGAUGCGGCAGAGGAAAUGAUGUGUGCAUUUUUUCCGGAAACCUCUGGUCCACACCACAUGAGUUAUACUCCCGGCGGUCUUCUCUACAAACCGGGCAAUAGCCAGCUCCAGAACAUGGCGGCUUUGUCUUUCCUCCUCCUUACCUACGCGGAUUACCUCUCUAACUCCUCUCAACAACUCAAUUGCAGUAACCACCAGUUUCAACCGGAUUCUCUUCGUCGCAUAGUCAAACGACAGGUGGACUACGUUUUGGGAGAUAAUCCAGCGAAGUUGUCAUACAUGGUUGGGUACGGUGAUCAGUACCCGCGACAGAUCCACCACCGUGGCGCGUCUAUACCAUCUGUUAAGGUUCAGAGGAAUGCGUUCGGGUGCUUACUAGGAUGGAAUAUUUUCAAAUCACCCAAUCCAGACCCCAACAUUCUAGUAGGAGCUGUGAUUGGCGGGCCUGACGUUGAUGAUUCGUUCAUUGGGAAACGGACAAAUGCCAGCGACACGGAGCCCACGACGUACAUCAAUGCACCUUUAGUCGGUGUCUUUGCGUACUUUAAAAGCAAUCCCAACUUCUCUUGAUUUCAAUUUCCUUUCCAAAUCUGGAAUGUACAAAACUAAUGCAUUCAAAUCAGUUUUCAAAAAUAAUUGU